AUUAAGUGGUUGUGAUUCAUUUUGUAUUUGCCAAUAUUUUUAACGACAAUAAAUUAACAAGUUUUAAAUUGAUGACUUACAUCAACUUUCAAUUUGUACACCUUUAUCUCAUAUAGAUUGUCCUAAACUAUUGAUAAUUAUUGAGGUACUUGAACGUUUAUUAAUUUCCCAUUUUUACGUAGUUUUACCUGAUAACAAACAAUUAUAAUAUUUUGAUAAAAUAUACAUAAUAACAUGCAUAAAUACGCAAUUAUAUUCACGCUUAAUAGUUUAAUCAUAUGAUACGUUCUUGAUAAAUAGAGUUUAAAUAAACAUCCUGCAUCUGAACAAUGGAUAAUUCCUCCACUUUGGAAAGCCACAGGUGUACUAUCAUCCCCGUUUGGUAACUGCAGCAUCGUCAGCAGAUUUAAAUUAAAUGAUACGUGCAUAUCGACAUCAGUAAAAAAGUGCCGUUGCAGUGAUAUAUCGCUUUGUAUCAGAUAAAUAAAGAGCACAAUACAAACAGUGAGCCAUUUAGUGUCACAUUCGUCUUGUUCGCGACAACUGCAAUAUGAAUUUUUAUGUGGAACGGGCAAAGCUCAGGCCAGAACUGUUCGCCAACAACGGCAAGCCGAUGCCGAAGAAACGCAAGCCGAUAGCGAAAAUCCCCAGUCACGCGGACUUAAUCGUUGAAAAAACGGUGCCGAUCAAAAGGGGUAGCAGUUUCGCUGUCGUCCACAAACUGAGGGAGUCCAAGUGGUUCGGUGUGGACGAGACGAAAGUGUUUUGUGCUGUGGUCGAAUCUGGAUUCGUUGUCGAAUUGGAGAACGACCGGUUUGGCAUUGUUCUGUGGGAAAUUGGAUUUGAAAAAAGUAAAAACCCGGAUCACAUUCAGAUCUACACGGUGCAAGACGUUAAGGGCAAACAGAAAGUGGUGGCGUCAACCCUACACGAAUUCUGGCCGCCUGAUACGAAAAUUCGCAUCAACAACAAAACGGACAAAUCCGAAUCGCCCCUGAAUGAAGACACAAUCCGCAAUCAAAUUAUCUACGGUCUGAAUGCCAAGAGGAAGUGGCACAAUUCAGAGCAUUUUACCUAUUUUUGCCGGUACGGCCCGAUUGAGUCCCGAAAAAUUAUGGACUUCAAGUGGAAUCCUGGAUCUUUCUUUCAAAAAAUCAAGAGCCUUAGCAUUAAGUAACAACAAUAAGACAAUGCUGUUUUCGUAAAGAUAUUAGUAUUUUCGAUUAAGACUGUUAAAUUGUGUAACUGCGAUUGUCCUUUAAGUUAGUUAUAUAACUUGUAAAAGGCUAGGUGUAUUUUAUAUUUAUAUAUUAUAUUAUUGUAUAAAUUUGUAUAAAAAUUAACGAGGUUUUAGUUUUUUUUAUAUAGAUAUAUAUGUAGUUUUGUAAAGUUUUAUCUGUUUAAUCUGACCAUUAUAUCAAGUGUUUUAUACCGUAUUUAUCUUUGUACCGUUCAUCAAGUAAGGUUUUUUAAUUUUAAUUAUAGUUCAAUAUCAUGAUGAGUAAUCAUAUGUUGUUUUGAAAGUUAAAUUA